UUCUGCUUAUCAAGAGGGCAAAAGUAGGUUUGUCAGUUGGGAAUGCUCAGUUCGUAACUGUCAAAUGCACUUUCGAUUUUUGAUUUGUUUGUUUACUUUCGGUUCUUUAUUAUCAAAAGCGGUACAAAAUUGCUACUUGCGAAAAUGAUGGACAUCGAUUCAGAGCGAUUGCGGUUAAAUUUUGAAAAUGUGUGCCGUUUUUGUCUUUCGGAAGAGAAUUGUUCACCCUUAUUCAUUGAAUCAACACUAAACGAAAGCCUUAUUGAUGCUGCGGAUGUGCUUGUACUAAAGGUUGAUGAAAAUGAUGGACUCCCGAACUGUGUGUGUAGCGAGUGCCAUCGAACGAUGGUCGACUUUGUUCAGUUUGAAACUACCGCGCUAGAGGCGUACAGUAGGCUGGAAAGUGUUCUUACUUACCUUAGUAACGUCGUCGAUGGGUACCAUAACGACGAUCAAUUACAAGAUGAUGAAGAGAUACUUAAGCAUAAUGAAAUCGAUCAAUUAGUGGAUGAUGUAGAAAACAUUGAUAAACAAUCGAAGCAUUUGCUGGAAAACGAAACGCCCCUUCAUCCCGUACAUAUAGCCGAGGUGCAAAGCGACACUUCCAAACCAAAAAGGAAAAAGCAAGCUUGUCCCGUCUGCGGCAAAAUGGUAUCGCAGAUUAGCAAACACAUGCAUGUGCACAGUGGUGGGAAAAACUUUCCCUGCAACCAGUGUGGCAAGCGCUUUACGCAUCGUAGUAGCAUGCAGAAGCAUUUGAACAUACACCGUAACAUCCGCAACUAUCAGUGUGAGUACUGUGAGCAAAGUUUCUGCGAUCGGUCCUCGCUGCGCUAUCAUCUGGCCAAGCAUCGGGGUGUGCAGCGGUUUGAAUGUGAACACUGUGACCGACAUUUCUACACCUCGACCCAGUGGAAACAGCACCAGAAUUUGGCACACCGAGAGCGAUCGUUUCGGUGCGAACUGUGUGGACAAAUGUUUCUGUUAAAACAUCAUCUGAUGGAACACAGGCAACUGCAUACGGAUGAACGUUCGUUUGGAUGUGAUGUAUGUGGGAAGACAUUUAAACGGGGCCGAUACCUGAUAGUGCACAAACGACAGCACAGUAAGGAUGGAUAAAUUCUUAGGGCGAGCGAUGCUUUAGAACGAGCAUUCGAAUGUUUUCGAUUAAAUACCUUUUUUUUGCAACCCGCUUCACUUUUGCUCCAGUGUUCCAACUUUGUAGGAUUUGCGGAAAUUAUUAAAAAUUAUGAAAUGAAGUAGACGAAGCAUGCAAUUAUGAGCAAAUUUCACAUCUCAGUCUGUCGUGGGGAGGCAUUGCUUGUACCAUCGAAGGUGGUGCACGAUCGUAUGCACGCAAACACUAACAUCGAUUACUUUUCCCUUGAUCAAGCAAGAUGUA